CUGCAGCCGGAGCUGGCAGGUGGCCGAGCUGGGGGUGGACAGGCGGGCUGGGGCUGGGGCUGCCCAUUGGCUGCCUCGGGCUCACACCCCGCCUGCCUCCCUAGCCUGUGGCUCCCUAGCCAGCCCCUGCCUCUCCAGCUGCUUCUAAACUCCCGGAGCAAGCACCUCCUGCUGGGCCAUGUCGAGCUGCAACCAGAUUGGAGUGGCCCCUGCUAUGGACAUGCCUGAGGUCCUCAAGUCCCUGCUGGAGCACUCUUUGCCUUGGCCAGAGAAGAGGACAGAUAAGGAAAAGGGGAAGGAAAAACUGGAGGAGGACGAGUCGGCAGCAGCCAGCACCAUGGCCGUCUCUGCCUCCCUCAUGCCACCCAUCUGGGACAAGACCAUCCCCUAUGACGGCGAGUCUUUCCACCUAGAGUACAUGGACCUGGAUGAGUUCCUGCUGGAGAAUGGCAUCCCUGCCAGCCCCACCCACCUGGCCCAGAACCUGCUGCUGCCUGUGGCAGAGCUGGAAGGGAAGGAGUCUGCCAGCUCUUCCACAGCGUCGCCACCGUCCUCCUCGACUGCCGUCUUUCAGCCCUCAGAAACCGUGUCCAGCACAGAAUCAUCCUUGGAAAAGGAGAGGGAGACCCCAAGUCCCAUCGACCCCAACUGUGUGGAGGUUGAUGUGAACUUCAAUCCUGACCCUGCUGACCUGGUCCUCUCCAGUGUGCCAGGUGGGGAGCUUUUCAACCCUCGGAAGCACAAGUUUGCGGAGGAAGACCUGAAGCCCCAGCCCAUGAUCAAAAAAGCCAAGAAGGUCUUUGUUCCUGAUGAGCAGAAGGAUGAAAAGUAUUGGACAAGACGCAAGAAGAACAAUGUGGCAGCUAAACGCUCCCGGGAUGCCAGGCGCCUGAAGGAGAACCAGAUCACCAUCCGGGCGGCCUUCCUGGAGAAGGAGAACACAGCCCUGCGGACGGAGGUCGCUGAGCUUCGCAAGGAGGUGGGCAAGUGCAAGACCAUCGUGUCCAAGUAUGAGACCAAGUACGGGCCCUUGUAACCUGUGCCCCUUGCCCCGCAGGGCACUGCCUGCACUUGAGACCUCUGCCUGGGGCUUCCUGGACCCCACACUCGUGUGGAGACUUAGGACUCUUCAUGGGCACAUGGUGGCGUACCUGCUCUAGGAGCGUUCACGUCUCAGCUUCAUUAUAACAUGGCCAGCACACGUGGUGACUUCCCCAGGGGACCAGGCUCCUCUCUGAUGGGGAACAUGAGCGAAUCUGUGUAGACGGGUAAAUGGCCCGAGUCUCUCUUCUUGGAUGUCCCAGCCGAAUCAUAAGGGACCUCUGCAGUCCAGAUCUCUCUUUACAGAGUGCUCAGGCUUUCCCAGCCUUCCUCAGUCUCCAGUCUGGACCGACAAGGGCUGUCUACAGAAUGAGUCAUGAUUGUUGUCACCCUAAUGUUGUCUCAGGUAGCAGGUGCAUUUCCACUUGGGGUGUGUCUGUCAUGCACCUCACCCUCCCCGAAAGAAUCUUUGAGAGAAACCCUCAUUCCCCUGUGUCUCGGAGCCAGGACACGCUGACACUCUGUUAGUGUGGAGGAUGGUGGGCCAUAAGAGUGGGGUCUCUGCCUAGCCGGGAACUGGGGUGGGGCUUGGGGCUUUCUGCAGAAGUACACCCUACCAUUCUUAGCUCCCAUGGCCCUUUUAUCUUGUGGCUUUCGGGCCUGAAGCAGCCCUGGGAUCAGCUCCCUCUACAUCCCACUUGCUAUGGAAGAGACAUUUCCAGGAUGGCUGGUCUCUGGGCUCCAAUUGCCAGCAUCUAAGGCAGCCCUUGUAUCUCAGGCCAGUCUGGAGGCUCCUGACUUCCGCUUACCUAGCUUCUGGUUAUUUUCACCCAGGAACCAUUCUCAGAUCUUAGGUUUAAAAAGAAACCCCAUCACCUAAGAAGCUUAAGCUUCCUAGCCCAAGGUAUUUAGGAAACUGGGCUCCAGUCUCCUGUUCUGGGCACCAGAGCUCCAUUGGUUCCUUGCUCCGGCUCACGGACAUGUCCCAGGCCAGACUCUAGUCUCCCUGAAGACAGAAGAGGGCCUUUCACUUCCCAGAUCAGAGUCCCUCCCCGUGAGUCACAGGAGCUGCACUUGCCAGAGUCACAGUGCAGCUCGUAGGACGGCGGGCUCUGGAGACAUUUACACAGCCUGGAGUUCCUCAGUCUUGGUCUCCGGAGUCAGGGGCUGCCCACCCAGGUCUGGUCAUGGGGUGGGGUGAUGCUUGCAGCUGUGGCUUCCUCUGCCUCACAGCUGUACCUUUCUCUUCUGUUGGGCUGAACUUGUGUUCUUGCUCUGGCCAGAGGAUUGGCUGAGGGAAUCACGGAACCCUCUGCUCAUGUGGGUCAGUGAGGGCACCCUUCAGGAGGGUGUGUUUAUUUGCUCAGGGUGGGCAGCCUGUGUGAAGGAGACAGAGGUGACGAGGGUGCUUUAUUAUCCUUAACACUGGCUUUAUUUUCAAUGGUGGCUUGGUUUGGGGCCCCAAUCUUUUAAGACUUUUCAUAAUGAUGUUAAGACCAGGGCAAACCAUCUGCUGGCCAUGGACUGCAGCCAGGAGAUGCCCUGCCCGUCCUGGGACCUGCCCACCACCUCUCGACAAAGGUCCCUGACUUUGACUUUGGUUCUGUAGGAACCAUGUGCACACUUGUCUCUCUGUUGUAACCACAAAGGGCAGUUGCACCCAGCAUGUCAGUGUCCUGCCCCAGCUGCCUGCCUCCCACCCACCCGGCACUCUCUGGCCGCCUGUUCACCCAGAGGCAGUUCUCGCUUCGUGACUGGUGGACAAGCCUUGAGCUAAAAGGCUCUUCGUUCUCUUUGGCUAGAAAAUGUAAGGUUUGUGUUUCUAAGUUUUAGUUUUUAAGGAAUGGAUACUUAUCUCUGGAUGCCAUCUGUGUUCUGACCCCAGUGGGUGGGUUGGGGCUUAAUGUCUCUCCCUUGGUCCUACCUUCUGCCUUGUGGUGCCCUCCUUUCCUUCCAGAAGUUGGGGGGGGGGGGUGUCUGGCUCCUCCUAAAGUACUUACUGGGAAACAGUGUGACCGCUUGCUUCUUGGAGAAGCCUUUUGAAAGCGGCAGGUACAGGAAGGAGCAUGCCUGGAGGUUGAUGUCCUGGAGAGAAAGUAUUCACAGAAGGGCCGCUCCUCCGUUGGCCUUCGGACCCAAGGCUGUGCAGACAGAGUCGACCUCUGGGGUUUGUCUGGCCGUGAAAGUCUAACUCCCUCUAGGAGCUGAUGGCUGAAGUCUGAGGCUCUGGCUCUCAGAUCUUUGACAUCUUGUAAAGAGAAGCAGGCUUGAGAAGCCAACUUCUGUUUGGCUCUCCAUGGGUUCACCUUGGGAUGAGAGGUGCGCUCACUUCCUAAGCGACCUGUUCUCAGCUGUGGCAGCCUCCUUGCAAACUCAGAAAAGAUGCAUGAAUGAACUAGAAUGCUGCAGGAGUGUACAUACAAGAAAUGUCUAGAUAAAAGAACUAAACAUGUUUGGAGAGAGCCAGCCACCCUGUGGAGGACCUGCCUCAGUCACCUUAUUCUUGGCCCAAAGGCUGAGGUUUGUGGGUCUGACUCCCUUGGUUGGGGAUGGUACUAGGCAGUGAUGCUCCUUGUCCACACUCCCUGCUGAGAGGGUGCUGUGGCCUGCUUUCCACUCAGGCAGCUCCUCCAGUCCUCCAGCCUGGGGACAGAUGUGAAGCUCUCCAGUGGCCCUGAGAGGUAUGCUCCCUGUAAGGAGGGGCUGUGGAGCCCCUGGUUUCCAGGGCCAAGCCCCACCCACAGCUUCUUUAACAUCUGUUAAUUAAGUGCAAUAAAUUUUUCUAGAAAAAGGCAAAGAUGAUUUCCAGGUAGAGAUUGCUGUCUUUUGGUAUUGGGAUGCCAGAACACCACUUGGUUUUAUUUUUCUAAGUGCAUGUGAUUGGUAGAGUGUGUGGGGCUCUGCAUCCUCCCUGGGAGCCACAUUCCAGCGGCCCUCUCCCUACCUUUGCUGGGGGAAAGAGGCCAGGAGAAAACCCCUCUGUCCCAGCUGCAGAGGUAGAAGCAGACAGCAGCCCAUUGGCCUUGUGUGUGUGUGCGCCUGUGCGAGUGUGUCACGGCUGCUGGGCCGGAGGGUGUGGUGGGGGGAAGUUGGGAAUGUAUCCUUUUCAGACAAAUUAAAUAUUUUGAGACGAGAA